CGCCGUCAUUAAAGAUUAUUAUUUUUUUCCAUAUUCCGCUAACUGGAGACUCUUUAGCGUUUAAAAGAUUUCGCAAGAUACCAAACUUCAUUUCUCAAGAACACAGUCAGUCUCAGCCAAAAUUAUACUUGUUGAAGAGAUCGACUAUGAGAGGAAAAGAGCACAAGGAGGAGGAGAAGGACGGGGAAGAAGAAAAAGAAGAAGAGGAGGAGGAGGAGGAGGAGGUUAUCGACUAUGUGUUCAAGAUCGUCGUUGUCGGUGACUCGGCGGUGGGGAAGACACAGUUGCUGGGGCGGUUCACCAAGGACGAGUUCCACUUCGACUCCAAAUCCACCAUCGGCGUCGAGUUCCAAACCCGCACCCUCAACCUCAACCGCAAGCGCAUCAAGGCCCAAAUCUGGGACACCGCCGGCCAAGAAAGGUACAGAGCCAUCACCAAUGCUUACUAUCGAGGAGCUGUAGGUGCAAUGCUAGUCUACGAUGUCACCAGAAGACACACCUUCGAUCACAUCGCGAAAUGGAUUGAGGAACUCCGCGCCAACGCCGAUAACUCCAUCGUCGUAGUGCUCAUCGGAAAUAAGUCCGAUCUCGUCGGAAAGAGGGAGGUCUCGUUGGACGACGCAGUCGAGUUUGCGGAGGAGCAAGGGCUCUUCUUCUCCGAGGCAUCGGCGCUCAGCGGGGAGAACGUCGAGACGGCUUUCCUGAUGCUGUUGGAGGAGAUCUAUGGGGUGGUGUCGAGGAAGGCCUUGGAGUGCGAUGCAGCGAGGAGGAUUACUUAUGGAGGGAACAGCGACGUGUUGAACUUGAGAGGGACCAAGUUGCCUGUCCUUUCGGAGGCGUCCAUCAUGGAGACCAGUGCUAUGAGAAAAGAAACACAAUAUUGUUCUUGUUCGUCAUGAUUCUUCCCUCUGUAAAAAUUGCAGGAUUACUGUAAAAGUUGCUGACUUCGUUUCCAGAAAUCAAGCAUUUUGGCUGGACAGACCUCUAACAUAUAUAAAUUUCAGAACAAUUACUUCCUCUAUAAUUUAGCCACCAACAAGGAACUUGCCUGAUCUGAAGGCAUCGUAGGCACUGGAUGUCAGAGCAAACGGACAAACUGGACGGCGAGAGUCACGAGACUCGAGCCUCAAGAGUAGAACAUGCCAAUUCAAAGACAUUUUUGGAAAUUUCACCUGCUCCUCCGAGAGUUGAGCUGAUAUCUCUGAUGCAUUGAAAGCUUCAGGUAAAAAGCAUGUGGUGAAAUCAAGUUUACUUCCUCUGUUCUUCACUUUGUUCAUUGUCUCUAAUCUCUACCUGCUAAUAUAUUUGUACGUAUUUCGGACCCUUUAAUCAAUGACCAUG